AUGGAUGAGCGAGGCGGAGAAAUUCGAAUGUGGCGGCGGAAGUUGCCGGCGACGGGAGACGGUGCUACGGCCCUGUAGGGCCAGGCGCGCGGGGCUGGUGCGUGGCGGCAGAUCCUGGAAGAGCCUUGGAAUGUGAGGAGGAGUAAGAUAGCUGUUGCAGAAGUAGUGAGCAAGGUAUCGUUCUGGACACGCCUGCGCAGGAGGCCCGCCGGGCCCAUAUCCGCCAGCCCCACUUCCCCUCGGCUUUUCUGGAGUCCCUGGAAGAGGAGGACGUAGUUUUUAAGGCAGAAGAUGGCCAAGGAAAGGUGCCUCAAAAAGUCCUUUCAAGAUAGUCUUGAAGACAUAAAGAAGAGAAUGAAAGAGAAAAGGAAUAAAAACUUGGCAGAGAUUGGCAAGCGCAGGUCUUUUAUAGUUGCACCAUGCCAAGCAAUCACCAACACUUCUACACUGCUGAAGAAUUACCAAGACAACAACAAAAUGUUAGUUUUAGCUUUGGAAAAUGAAAAAGCCAAAGUGAGAGAAGCCCAAGAUACCAUCCUACAGCUGAGAAAAGAAUGUUACUAUCUCACAUGUCAGCUACAUGCAUUGAAAGGAAAACUUACAUCACAACAAACAAAAGAAACUGCUCAGAACCAGGAAAUACACUCUUCUGGAAUGGACCCCAAAAGUGAUGACAGCUCCAGAAAUUUAUUUGUGAAAGCUUUACCGCAAAUUCCUCUUGAAGAAACUGAACUUCCAGGACAAGGAGAAUCAUUUCAAAUAGAAGACCAGAUACCUACUAUUCCUCAAGACACACUGGGAUAUGAUUUUGAUUCAGAUGAAGCUAAGUCCACUGAUAAUAUCUUACCUAGAACUGUAUCUGUUCGUAGCAGUUUAAAGAAACAUUCUAAUAGUGUAUGUCCCUUUGAUAGCUUGGAUGAUUUUGGUUUUGAAACCAGUCAUUUGGCAGGGAAGUCUUUUGAAUUGGAAAGAGUUGGAUUUUUAGACCCACUAGUAAAAGUGCACAUACCUCAAAACGUACAACACAAUGUUUGUCAAUGGAACAUGGACCAAGUUAACUUACCACCAAAGCUGAUUCAGCCAGCAACAUUUACUACAACAAAAGAAGACUUUUUAGAAUCUAAAUCUGAGCAAAUUAAAAGUAAGCAAAGAGAUGCACAAGAAAGAAAAGGAGAAGAGAAAAGAAAAGCUAACAGGAGAAAAUCAAAACCUAUGUCAAAACAUAAAAAAAAUAAAAGCAAAAAUAAAAAAACUGUUUACAAAAAAGAAAUGCAUGAAUCUCUCAGUUCCAAUGAUGCUUACAAUUUCAAUUUGAAAGAGGGUGUUCAUCUUACUCCUUUCCGACAAAAAAUGAGCAAUGACUCUAAUAGAGAAGAAAACAACAAUGAGUCUGAAGUGAGCAUCUGUGAAUCAAGUGGUUCAGGAGAUGAUUCCAAUGACCUCUAUCUGCCCACUUGCAAGUGCCUUCAGAAUCCCACCAGUGAUUCAGAUAGAAGACCAGUCACCAGGCCUCGAUCUAAAAGAGCACUGAAAUACACGGAUGAAAAAGAGACAGAGGGUUCUAAGCCAACAGAAACUCCUACCAGUAUACCACCUGAAACUCACCGGUCACCUCAUCUUAGCCUGAAGGAUAUCACCAAUGUAUCCUCGUAUCCUGUUGUGAAAAUCAGGAAGCUUUCUCUUUCUCCAAAAAAGAAUAUAGAAAGCCCAGCAGUGUCCCUGCCUAAACGUAGGUGUACAGCCAGUGUGAACUAUAAGGAGCCUACCCUCGUUUCGAAGCUGAGAAGAGGGGACCCUUUUACAGAUUUAUGUUUCUUGAAUUCUCCUAUUUUCAAACAGAAAAAGGAUUUGAGACGUUCUAAAAAAGUAUGAAACAAAUACAAUGAAGGUUUUGUUGGAUACUGUUUAAAUUGAAUCUACACUUUUUUCUAUUGCUUCAAGAGAAGAUCUGUAAGAGUACACAAACGGAGUGAGCUAUUGCCAUAGAAUAUUCUCUUAGCUCAUAAACAUUUCUUCAGAACUCUGCUUCAAAUGGGAUGUUUUGUAUUAAAACUUUAAUAAAGUUAAUUUAUUUUUUCUUUUGAAUAUGAAUA